AGAGCAUUGAAAUAUGGAACUCAAGAACAAAAGAACAAGGAAACAAAAGUUAAUGAUUUCCAAACAAAGAACAAAAGUAAACAGGAGUCGACUUAAGUGGAAAGAUUUUACGACUAAAAAGUCUGAGAACGAGUGGCUCAUCUUUCAUCUACUCCACUACAAGUACAACGUCCGUGUCACAGCAAGAAAAAGUAAAAAUGUCUCUCCCGAUCCAAGUAGACGAUCAUAUUCAGCCCGACGGCCCUGCCGGCUUAGGCAUGGGCAAGCCGAGUCGAUCGUUCGGCGAAAUCCUGAGGGAUUAUGACGCGAUGUCUGCGGAGUCUGGCCUAGAUGAUGAGCUUAUGCGAACACCGCCAACGAUGACGCGAGAGCCACUGGAAGUAGUUGUGGAAGGAGAGACAUCACUGGAAGCGAGGUUACUAACCUUAUGGGUACUUAGCUUGUUAGACGGGGUUCUUGGAUCGUCAUUUAAGUUUAACUGGUACUUCUACAAUCGAGCAGAUGUCGGUGGGGCUCGAUCAUAUGCAGGAUCCAAGACCUAACCUAACCAGAUCAUGAACGGGCUACUAAGUAACAUCUCUCAUCAAAACCAUUCUCACGUCUUCCAAAAACAAAGUCCCAAGUCAUAUUAGAUACACUCAUGAACAUGAUCUUCUAAUACAAGAAUCCAAAGGCAAGCCUUCAUCUAUCUAACAUCCAAUGCCAAAAGCAAACCCGCACCCAGCAGUACUGGCCCUUCUUUAGCCGAGUUGGAGUUGGCGGAAAGGGAGUUGAGGGAUUUUGUGAAAGGUCCGAAUCAAAGUUGGCGGCAACUGUGCGAAGCAGAGCGAAAACGAUGGACAGCAGCAGAACUGGAGAUCCGCAGGCUAGAAGAUCAAGCAUUGCAGGUGAGGAAUGAGGUAUGGCGAUGAAGAUUCAGAGGGGGGUUCUUGUGAAGAAUGUCGCUCGGUUGUUUUUUGAGUGUUUUUUGAUGAGUGUACCCCUUUCUCCUAGAAGUCUGGAUCGAUGUGGAAUGGUUAAGGCUUGCUUCACAGAUCUUUUUAACUUAGCUAGGUUAUUUAGGUGCUAUUUUACAGCUCCUAGCUCUAAACAUGUAUGGCACAGCGUGACCAUCUUAGCGCUUCCAACUUCAUUCAUUCCUGUAAGUCUCGGCUCUUUUCUCACGCUUAGCUGAGAUUGAUAUGAAAGGAAGAUUGACUAGUUGUAUUAAGUUUCUUUUCACUAGGCGGGUCAGGGUUUUUCAUCGAAGGAAUCAGUGAGAGCAUCUCCACCAUCUCCUUGUUGCUUCCACUCCCCUAGACGAGACCUUACCCUUCAUCUCGGAACGAACGCAAAGCUGCUUUGCGGCAGCACGUUGCAGAGGCGAGGGAACGUGCCAGUUUGAUUGUGGCUGAAUACGAGGCACAGCUCGAAACACUCAAGGAUAGAUACGAGACACGCAUAUGCGAAAUUCAAAACGAAAGGAAGCUGGCGGCCGAUGAGGAGGAGGAGACGAGGUAGUUUGAAAAAUCCAUUCGGCUUGAUAAUUACGAUGAUGAGGAAGAGACGAGGUAGUUUGAAAACUCCAUACGGCUUGCUAAUUGCCGAUGCCAUCAUCGAUGAAAAAUCGGAAUCUUCUAAAUAGUGAUUUUUGAACCUCCGAAACCUGAAACAGGUUAG